UAUCAAGACUCUUAAAUUAAAAUUAAAGGAGAAAAAUGAAGUUGUAUUUAAGGGAUGGAGAGGAAGUUGUUGAUGCAAUGAAGAGAAGAAUGAAGAGUGGUGUGAGAUUGAGUUUCCUGAUUUUCCUUUUAUUGGAAGCUGUGUACUGUUGUGAAGGAUGUUGGAAGGAUGAGAGAGAAGCACUUCUGGGCCUAUAUUCCCGUUUUCCUUAUUUCACUUGGAAUGUCCACAAGGAUUGCUGUGAAUGGGGAGGAGUGUACUGCAACUCCUCCACAGGCAGAGUGGCGCAACUCCAUCUUUCUUAUGGCCGGUGGGAUUCUGACAUCGAACAAUAUAUAAAUUACUCUGAUUUUUCUGUUUUUAAAGAUUUGAAGGAACUCCACUUGUCAGAUGGUAAUAUAGUUGGUUGUGUGGAGGCUGAAGAGUUGCCAAAUCUGGAGAUCCUUGACAUGAGUUAUAACAAUCUGGAUACUACUGCCGGCAUUCUAUCUUGUCUGGAGGGCCUUCCAUCUCUUAAGUCUCUUUAUUUAAGGGACAACAUGUUCAAUACUUUUUCAUUUAAACACGUUUUUGAAAGUGUGUCACCAAAGCUGCGUAGUAAUCUGGAGGUUCUUGACAUAAGUGGGAACCAUUUGACCAAUGACAUCUUGGCAUCCCUCGAGGGAUUCACAUCUUUAAAGGAACUCUAUUUGGCUGGAAAUCUAUUGGACUCGGAUCUUCACUUUCAAGCUUUUUGCUCAUCAUUCAAGAAUCUUGAGGUUCUUGACUUGUCCUUCAACAACUUCAACCACAUUGAUAUUGGCUCUGCUCUUAUUGGAUUCUCAUCCCUCAACUCUUUAAAUUUAAUAUACAAUCAAUUGAGUUGGAGAUCAAUUUAUAAUAUUUCAAACUUAAGUUCUUUGGAGGAGCUUCACUUGGAGGGGAACGACUUGAACGAGUCUCAUGAGAGUGUGUUGAGGCCUUUGAAAGAGAAUGAGACAUUUAAAUGGCCAACCAAUUUACAACACCUAGACCUGAGUUUAAACAGAUUGAACAACAGAUUUCUUUCAUCUCUGAGUGGCCUUCCACGUCUCCAAUUUCUUGAUUUAAGCUACAAUCAGUUAGAAGGAGCGUUAGAUAUAAACAAGAAUGACACAUUUAAAUGGCCAACCAAUUUACAAAAGCUAGACCUGUGUGGAAACAGUUUGAGUGACCGAUCUGUUUCAUAUCUGAGGGACCUUCCACAUCUCCAAUUUCUUGAUUUAAGCUACAAUCAAUUACAAGGGUCGCUGGAUACAAGCAAUAAUGAGACAUUUAAAUGGCCAACCAAUUUACAAGAACUACACCUCCAGAAUAACAAAUUGACUAGCAAAUCUCUUUUAUAUCAUACUGAUCUUCCACAUCUCCAAUUUCUUUAUUUAAGCAACAAUCAAUUAGAAGGAGCGCCAGAUAUAAACGAGAAUAACACAUUUAAAUGGCCAACCAAUUUACAAGAACUACAUCUCGAGUAUAAUAGAUUGAGCAACAAAUCUCUUUCAUCUCUGAAUGGCCUUCCACAUCUCCAAUAUCUUGAUUUAAGCUUCAAUCAAUUACAAGGAUCGCCAGAUAUAAGCGAGAAUGAUACAUUUAAAUGGCCAACCAAUUUACAAGAACUACACCUCGAGUACAACAGUAUGAGCAACAAAUCUCUUUCAUCUCUCAGUGACCUUCCACAUCUCCAAUUUCUUGAUUUAAGCAACAAUCAAUUAGAAAGCACGCUAGAUAUAAGCGGAUUGUCAACUUUGACCAGCUUGGCGUACCUUGAUCUAAGCUAUAAUAAUAUCCAUAUUUUAGCAUCUCAUCAAGGCUCAAAAAGUCUAAAUAGACUACAUGUCCUUAAUUUGGAUGGAAAUACGAUAGAUGGAAACAAGCUUAGGGAGUCAUUACGAGCUUUAUCAACAUCUAUUAGGAAGCUUUCUAUGUCUUACAAUAACUUCAACGGAACAAUUUUAGCUCAAGAUUUUCAUGAUUUAAGUAACUUAGAAGAUUUGAGAUUGGACGGAAAUAGUAACAUGGAGAAUGAAUUUUUCAAAAGUAUUGGAAAUUUGACGUCCUUAAAAGUUCUGACUCUUUCAAAUUGUGACAUAGGUGGCACCCUUCCUCAAGCCGAUUGGUUUAAGUUGAAAAGUCUUGAAGAAUUAAAUAUACAGGAGAAUCUAUUUGUGGGAUCACUUCCCUCAUCUUUCUUAAACAUGACAUCUCUUUGGAGGUUGGAACUUUCCAUAAAUCAAUUUAGUGGACAAUUUGAUUCUAACAUUGCCAGUCUUGCAUCACUUGAAUAUUUUGAUUUUACCGAAAAUCAAUUUGAAGUUCCUAUUUCUUUUGCACCAUUUACCAAUCAUUCAAACCUCAAGUUCAUAUAUGGUGAAGGCAACAAAGUCAUAUUAGACAUACAACCUAGUCUACAAACUUGGAUUCCUAAAUUUCAAUUGCAAGUGCUUAGUUUGCCUUCAACAACCGAAAAUGAUUCUCUUCCACUCCCCAAGUUUCUUCUACAUCAAAACAAUUUGAUCAGCUUAGAUUUCACUGGUUGUAGAUUUGAAGGAUUGUUUCCUCAAUGGUUGCUUGAAAACAACACAAAAUUGAUUGAGCUUCAUGUUAAAAAUUGUUCUUUCAAUGGUGCUAUACAACUACCAUUGCAUCCCCUUCCUAAUUUACAGAGAAUUGACGUCUCUGAUAAUAUCAUAAUUGGUGAAAUCCCAAGUAAGAAUUUCAGUUCAAUUUUUCCAAAUUUGCAAUAUCUAAAUAUUUCUGGAAACCACAUUCAAGGUUCAAUUCCUCGUGAGUUAGGCCGAAUGAAGUUAUUAGAUGAGUUAGAUCUUUCAAGCAACCAACUAUCUGGAGAGAUAUCAAAAGAAAUGCCCACCAAUUUGAGGUUCUUAUCAUUGAAUGAUAAUAAGUUUAGUGGCAAACUUCCAAGCAACAUUUUUAACAUAUCAAUCAUUUCGUUGGAUGUAAGCAAUAAUCAUUUGGUAGGAAAGAUUCCAAGUCUUUUGAAAAAAAAUUCAGCAUUAUCGGAACUUCGUAUGUCCAAUAACCAUUUUGAAGGAUCCAUUCCAUUAGAAUUGGGUCAACAUGGAGAUCUAUAUUAUUUAGAUCUCUCCCAGAAUAAUUUGGUUGGUCUUGUACCAUCAUUUCUAAAUUCUUAUGUUCACUUUAUCCAUUUGAACAAUAAUCAUUUAACAAGAUUAUCAAAGAAUAUGUUCAAUGGAAACUCUUCUAUAGUGAUGCUAGACCUUAGCUACAACGAAAUAUCUAGCAAUAUUCAAGAAAUGAUAGAAGACCUUAGUUAUACAAAGUUGAAUUUUCUCUUGUUAAAAGGUAAUCACAUGACUGGAGAUAUACCUAAGGAGUUAUGUUGGUUGAUAAAUUUAACCAUGUUAGACCUUUCAGACAACAAAUUUUCUGGAGGAAUUCCCCGUUGUUUGGGAAAAAUGGCUUUUGAUAGUAAGAACCUUAAUCCAUCACUAAAAGAGUUUGCUGGAACCUUAUCUGGAGGAAAUUCGUCAUCAUUCAAACAAGAACAUGCAAGUUUCACUUCAAAGAAAAGAUUUGAUAAUUACACGGGACGCAUCCUUACUUAUAUGUCUGGAAUUGACUUACCACAGAAUAAAUUGAAAGGGAAUAUCCCAUAUGAACUUGGGAUCUUGAAAGGAAUCAAAGUAUUGAACUUGUCUCAUAAUGAUUUGAUUGGACAAAUUCCAUAUUCAUUCUCGAAUUUGAAGCAAAUUGAGAGUUUAGACCUUUCUUUUAACAAGUUGAGUGGUCAAAUUCCUCCUAAGCUCAAUAUCCUAACCUCGCUUGAAGUAUUAAGUGUGGCGCACAACAACUUAUCAGGCUCAAUACCUGAAGGAACAAACCAGUUUGCCACAUUUGAUGAGAGUAGCUAUGAAGGUAAUCCGUUUCUUUGUGGACCUCCAUUGCCAAAGAGUUGCCAUCCAACUCUUAAAAUCAUUCAAAAUAACCUAGACACUAAGAGAGACGAUGAUAGGUUGGUGGACAUGUAUAUCUUUUGUGUGAGUUUUAUUGUGUCAUACACAUUAGCAUUAUUAGCAACUGCAAUUGCUUUAUACAUCAAUCCCUAUUGGAGACAAACAUGGUUUUACUACAUGGAAUUGGUCACUUUAAAUUGUUACUAUUUUAUUGUGGACAAUUUUUAUAGGUUUUGUAAUACUAGAAAUAUGUGACAUUAUAUUGUAUCCUUAGAUUUGGAUGUUUAAAAGAGUGAUUCAAUAAAGAAAGUCUUGUAUGUGUGGCUUAAUAUAACAAAAUA